AUGAUGUUGUUUGGGGUCGAAUCUUCCGACAAAUCUGCCAUUCGUGGAAGCAAUCUUCGCAGAGCACAAAUUACAUCACGUUAUCUAAAUACAGAGUCUAGAGCACUAGAAGACGAAGACGAUGAUGAAGAUGGUAACUCUGAUAUGAAUGAAGACGAGGAAGAAGAUGAAGAGGAAGGUGAAGAUGCAGACGAAAAUGAUGCGGACGAAGAUAGUGAUAGUGAUGAAGGUGGGGAGCCAACAGAUUCAGGAAAGAAUUCAUCAACCUUAUUUACCAGCGCUCCAGGAGAUGGACCGAACAAUCAAAUGGAGGGUGAAAACAAAAACGAUCGGAAAGAUCCGGCCGCCAAUCCAGUCACUCAACAAAUCAACCAGACGGCUCCUUCAAAUAGCCCAUUGGCCAAUGUCACUGGUGGCGGCAGUAUGGGCUUUCCACUAUCAUCACAACCUGGUCAAAGUGUUGUCCCGUCAACCCCACAGCAAGGAGCAGGUUUGGUGCCGCCAGCGAAUUCGACGUCCCACAGUGGAGGAUCUCAAGGUGGAAGCCCUCCAAAAGACACAAAUGGAGUACCUCCCGUCGAUUCUGCAUCUUCAUCCGUUCAAAAAGAGCAACCAGCCGCCCCAGUUGGAGGCGGAGUCCCAAUCAAUCCAAACACUCCUCCUAACCAAUUUGGUGAUACUCCUUUUCUGGGACAAGGCGGGAACGAUUGGAACACUACUACCCCACCAAUAGGCGGUGGGACAACUACUACCCCACCGAUGGGGGACAUGGGAAAUUUGAUCACGCCGAUCGAGCCGACCGAUGAAGAGCCAAGAUAUGCCCCCCCACCUUUAGACAAUUUUGGUGGUCAAGGUGGCAUCGUUAAUCAACCAGGAUUUCCAGCGGAUGGAAAUAAUAUGGCAUCGUCAUCUUACUCGCCACCUCCUCCACAAGGUGGAGGUUUCAAUCCACAGUAUGGUGGUAAUGGAUCUUCACAGUUUGGCAAUUCUCAACUUGGCAAUGGGGGCGGCCAAGCUCCAAAGAAAGAAGGUGGCUUGGCAGGAGCCUGGAAGAGCUUGAAGAACAAGAGUGCGGAAAAAGGCAAGUCUAGUGUAGGCGAAGAUAUUAAAGAAGAAGAAGCAAUGGAAGAGGAAGAGCUAGCGGAUGAAAUGGAGGGUGGCUCGGAUGAUGACAGGAUUACAAGUGCAACUGAGCAAAGUGGUAGUAAGCCAGCUGAUGCCGAUGACGAAUUCGAGAAGAUGAUUGAGGAGGCCGAAGGCGAGACUAGUAAAGAAAAGGGAACCGAUAAAGAAACCGAGGAGACGGCCUUUGAAGAUCUCGAUAUAGAGGAAAAAGAGGAAGUCGCAGAAGAAGAAUUGGAAGAGGUUGAAGAAGAACUGAAGGAAGAAGAAGAAGUUGCUGCUGCGGCUGGAGGAAUGGGAUUUCUUCUUGCGAUCGGGGGAAUGAUAUUCACAGCACAUCAAAUGUCUGAAAAUCCUGAUGGAGUUUACGCAAGUGUUUGCCGACUAGCGAUCACGAUUUCGGGUGUGAUUGUCAAAAUAAUAUGCAUGCCAUGCAGAAAGGUGAUUGGAACUGGAAAUCCACAUUACGCUACACACAUGCCAGUUAGCACGUCAGCUGAUUAUGGUAUGGGAGGGGCUAAUGCUGGUUUUGAAAUGUCGUAA